AUGGCGGAUCUUUGCAGGAACCUCUCUCGUUAUGGCGCGGCACGGUGGGAAGACGCCAACCCCUCCUGGAACGGGAGCUGCGAAUACGACCAGUACGCCUGGUCUGCUGACCCGGUGGCGGGGGGCGGGGGAGAGGAGGACACGAUCUACCGUGCCAGGGCGGUGAUCGGCGUGGUCCUGGUCUGCAUCAUGCUGGUGUGCGGUGCCGGCAAUCUCCUCUUCGUGGCGGCACUGGCCAGGUACAAGAGCCUGAGGAGCAUCACCAACCUCCUCAUCGUCAACCUGGCAGUCUCGGACUUGGUGGUGGCCGUGGUGUGCUGCCCGUUCGAGAUGGACUAUUACGUGGUCAGGGGGCUCUCCUGGAACUUUGGGCAGGUCCUCUGCUCCGCGGUGAAUUAUCUCCGGAUGGUCUCCCUCUACGUCUCAACCAACGCACUCCUAGUCAUCGCGGUCGACAGGUACUUGGUGAUCGUACACCCAUUGAGGCCCCGCAUGAAGUUUCGGACGGCCUACUGCGUCCUGUUUGCCGUGUGGGCCGUGUCGGUGGUGGUCUCCAUCCCCUCGGCCUUCUUCACCACCGCGACCGACUUUGACUUCGAAGCUCUGCCCGGCGAGGGCAAGAUAUUCUGCGGGCAGAUCUGGCCGGCGGGCAAGGUUCUCUACUACAGGGCCUACUUCCUCUCGCUCUUCCUGCUGGAGUUCGUCGCCCCCGUGGCCACCAUGUCCGUGUGCUACCUGCACAUCAGCAGGGAGCUGUGGUUCAAAAUGGUGCCCGGCGUCCAGACUAGCCAGGUGCGCCAGAGGCUGAGGGCGCGGAGGAAGACGGUCCUGGUGCUGGUGGGCGUGCUGAUGGCCUACGUCCUGUGCUGGGCCCCGUACUACGCCUAUGGCCUGGUGCGGGAUUUCUUCCCCGCCGUGCUGCUGAGGGAGCGCCACGCGGUCACCGUCUACUACGCGGUGAAGUGCGCGGCGCUGAGCAACAGCAUCGUCAACACCGUCUUCUUCGUGGCGGUGAAGAACGACGCCGUCAGGUACGGGCGGCGGCGGCAGCGGCGGCGGCAACGGGCUCUGCUUCACGGCCGCGCCCAGGACAAGAGCACGGCGGCCAUGGAGUGCCGGACCACCGUGCUGCCCGUGUCCGAAUGA